AAUGGAAACGCUUCCCCGCCGGCGCCCUGCGCUCCGCUCCGAGUACGUGUGUCGCCGCCGCUCUCGCCGCCGCCGCUCCCUCUCCUCCUCCUCCUCCUCCUCCUCGCGGGCUGAGUCUCCUCCCUGUUGACGGUACCAUGCUGCGGGUGCACGCGGCUCCUGUCCACCCGUAACCCGCGGCAACCCCGGCAGCCACAAUGUCCAGGAGAAAGCAGAGUAACCCCCGGCAGAUCAAACGUUCCAUUGACGAAAUGGAGGAAGGCGAGGAGAAUGUAACUGAUAGCAGCAUGUCCGAAAAAGAAGCAGGUGUUUCAAACCAUGAUGAAUCAACAGAUUGUAAUACUUCCAACUCACUUCACAGUGAAGAGGCAACGGUACACGGAUCGCCAGAUCCUCCUGAAGGACCUGAAGUAAAGCAGUCAAAAGAGAACGAAGAGGAGCCAGCCCUGUGGAUGAUGCCAGAGUCACUGGAGCUAAACCACUUGGAAAGUCAAAUGCAAGUGAGAGCAUGUCAGACGUUAUCAGAAGGCUUCUCCUGGGGCCCAUAUGAAGGAUCAAUUAAUAGCAGUAACAAAAGUACUACAGAACUUGAAAAGCCGAGUGCUACAGUACUACUUCUGGAGCUCAAAGAUGAACGGUGCUGGUUAAGGAAGUUCCCCAUAACUAUGAAUGAAGAGUUGGCCAAUUGCACCAUUUACUGCGAAGGUGACCAGAUCUGGUGUAAAACAACAAAGCCUAUCGCAGAGGGGGAAAACUUAACUGCAAUUGUUGUCACUCCGGAUCAGACCAGCAAGUCCCCGAAGUCAAACCACAGUGUUAAAAUGGAGCUGGUGGAACCCGCAGAGAUCUCUGACCCCUCAGCCAUGUACCCAGCCACUUUACAUUCAGAUAUCCAGCUUCUCCCUCAGCAGGCUGGGAUGGCUGCCAUUUUAGCUACUGCUGUUGUCAACAAGGACAUUUUUCCUUGUAAAUCCUGUGGGAUCUGGUACAGGAGCGAACGUAACCUGCAAGCUCACCUGAUGUAUUACUGUGCGAGCCGGCAAAAACCCUCAUCUGUUCCCACAGAGGAGAAACCCAAGGAACCAUCACCACAUGAACGCAUCUGCCCUUUCCCCCAGUGCAACAAAAGUUGCCCCAGCGCCAGCUCUCUGGAAAUUCACAUGCGUAGCCAUAGCGGUGAAAGGCCUUUUGUGUGUCUAAUCUGUCUGUCAGCGUUUACAACAAAGGCAAACUGUGAACGACACCUGAAAGUACACACGGACUCGCUGAAUGGUGUUUGUCAGGGCUGUGGAUUUGUCGCAACCACAAGAGACAUCCUGUAUACUCAUCUGGUUACCAAUCACAUGGCCUGCCAGCCAGGUUCAAAGAGUGACUUGUACUCCCCUGCAACAGGUCUAUCUGUCCCUCCUUUAUCAGGUUUGAAGGUCGCGGAUCCUUCCGCAAGCCUGAAGUGUAGCCAGUGCGAGUUUGUUGGUGAUUCCGAAUCAAGCUUGCAGCAGCACAGCUCACUGCAUCUCCUACAAGGGGCAUUUCAGUGCAGUCAAUGCCAUAAGCAAUUGAGAAGCGAAACCGAGCUAGCCAAGCACAUAGAGGGUCACCAAGCUCUUGAGUCUCAGCACGGUACUGAGGAAGCAAAGGGCACGGAUGAGCGGGGCACUCCAGCUUCCAGAAAAGAGGUUCCCGAGGAAGCCAAUCGAGCUGUGAAGAUCAAAGAGGAGCCUCAGAGAGGUGUAAAUUCACAAUCUGAGAGCGAGAGUGAGAAGACCUUGGAAGGUCAGGCAAAUCCGACCAAUGAUCAUUCCUCCAGCGCCUCGUCGCCGAGGAGCACACCUGUGGUCAAAGUGAAGUCUGAGCGUUCAAGCCCAACACCAGCCUCCAGUCCAGUCCAUUAUGGGGCAGCGUCGGUGAUGCCAGAAGGGACCGUGUUAAUACCGUACAUGUUCAAUCACGAAACUUCCACGUUUCCACAAGCUUCAGAAAUCCUCGCCAAAAUGUCGGAGUUGGUUCACAGCAGACUGAAGCAAGGGGUGAAUAAUUACCCUCUGCUUUAUGCGGGCGCUCCUAUUCAGAAAGGAGCAACCUGCUACGAGUGUGACAUUACGUUCAAUAACGUCAACAACUAUUUGGUACACAAACGGCUGUAUUGUUCCAGCCGACACCAGCAGCCGGACAAUGCCGCCGCUGAGCCUCCCAAACAGCCUGCACCUCCCAGCGUAACUGACCAGGAGUCUCCCAGUCCUGCGCCUGCCGUCGAAAAUCAGGUGGCGUCAUCCUCUCAGACUGAUCCAGAAGCAGACCCGCAAACAGCAAAUGUGGACGUUAAACCACCAGAAAUCAAAACGGAGGAGAAUGUCACAAAGGACACCUCGUCCGAAGGAGACAGCCUUAGUAGAGUCAGUGAAGGGAGCCAGAGUCCAAGCAAUUCCCUCGAUGACUUGGAAGAUGACCCCAACCGGACUGUGUGUGAGGCUUGCAAUAUAAGGUUCACCCGACAUGAAACCUACGUGGUGCACAAGCGCUUCUACUGCGCUUCCAGACACGACCCUCCUCUUCGAAGGCCAAACAGUGGGAAAGUGCCAUUCCUCCAGCAAAAUGUACGCACUCGCAAGCGUAGGAAGCUGUACGAGAUCCACAGCGCCGGACAUCAGCCUCUGCCCCCACCUCCUGCAAAUGAAGUGUCCGUCCAUAGCCCUUCAGCAGCAGUGCUUCAAUGCAGUGGGCUGCCCAACAAUGCAGAAGCUUUAAAAAUAAAGCAAGAAUCGCUGCCGCUCUCUUCAAAGUCUACUGAUGCUCUUUCUGUGUCAACAGGUUACAUGUUAACUCGAUCCAGUGCAACUUCAUCACCGGGCUCCAGUUCGGAUGUAGAUGGACCCAUUGAUCUCAGCAAAAAAUCCCGCAUUCAGGAAGAACCUUCGGUCCACGCUCCACCUUUAGUUCAAGCCCCCAAUAUUUUGACAGACUAUCACGAAUGUACCUCCUGCAAAAUUAGUUUCAACAAUGUCGAAAACUAUCUUGCCCAUAAGAAGUACUACUGCCCGGCUACAGCUCUUCAGCACAGUAACGUGGAACAUCUUGUCAAAGCAAAGAUACAAUCCACUAUUUCAGUGAAACCCAGAAAGAGCAACAGAAUGGAUGUUGCAGACCCUCCUAUGCAAUCUGAGGAAUUGAACNAAAAAAACGUAAAUGCUAAAUGUGUUCCAGAAAGUCCACACUUGGCCCACCCGUACAUUACUCCAAAUAAUUCUCCAGGAGUAUAUCACUACAGUGCAGAUGUUUUGCAAGACAGACCUCAGUUGUCCCCUCACAUUAAGUCCUCCCCAGCACCCCAACGUACUCCAGUAGUUUGCCCUUACUGUCCACUUAAUGGACCUAUUGAAGGAGAUCUUAUUGAACAUUUUAAACACGUUCAUGGCUUGCUGUUGACCAAACAGACUGUAACUGGGCACACAGCCGAGAGCAAUACGAUGGACACUUCAUCACAAGGCAAACACCAGACAAACAAUAUUUCUGAAAGCAGCCCUCACAAUUCUAGAAUUCCUGCCUCAUCUCUUCAGCCAGGCACUCAGAUUCAGAAGAACAUCUUGAAUGCUAAAGAUCAAAGAGAAUCUGUCUCAUCCCAGUCGUCAAGUGAAAGCCCUGUGGAGAACAUCUCUCCUAAACCUAUACUGACUGCCUCCCCUAAAGUUGUGAAAAUCUCCCCUGUGCCUGAUGUUCCCACGGAUCCAGGCUCCAAAUCACCCAUCCCACCCAUUAAUGUGGACAAAUCGCCCAUCUCACCCAUUAAUGUGGACAAAUCUGUUCAGACAGCAAUGUCUCUCCCAAGCCCUGUGCAGAAUGGAAACCACAGAUUCUGUCGCUUGUGCAACAUCAAAUUCAGCAGUUUGUCAACCUUUAUAGCUCACAAGAAGUAUUACUGUUCUUCUCACACUUCAGAACAUGUUAAAUGAGUUUUGGCAUGGUGACACUGUAUUCUGAACUUGUGAUCAGAAGUUUGGCACAAACUACCCAACACCUCAGCAUCUUUUGGACAUUCUGUUGUACAGCUUAGAAACAAUCAUGAAAACACAAUAUUGGUUUCUGGUGGUCAAAUUUUCAAUUUACUAAAUUGUUUGAAAAGCCCCUUGAUGGAGGGACUUUCAAAUCUCAGUCUUUCUGAGGCUAGACCUUUUAAAACAGAUUCACCUACAAUUUCAUAUGCAGUGCAUUAUAGGAAUGUACUUUCUCAUUUGCAGAAAAUAGACAGUACAUGUUAGUAGAUUCCCUUAGUAAGUUGAUUGCAAAACUCAAUUUGUAAUUAUUUUGAAAAUAUUACUACCGACAAUUGAUCGAACCUGGUUUAGAUUUGUUUUAAUUUGACGUGGCCUCCGUAAAUGUACUCAGUGCAGAUACUUAUGUUAAAUCAAUCAGAAUCUCACGUGUCCUUUUAUANUUUUUCCAUUUCUCAAGAAACCAUUAAUCAGGCCACAUCCUCUUUUUGCCCUGUUUGUAAUCAGCAGGGUUUCAUGGCCAACAAACUGAUCAUGAAUUUCAAAGCUUGUUUUGGCAGACUGGAAACGUUUUAAUUAUGCGGCAGACACUGCUGUGAUUGACAAACAUGGGUUAUGUUGAGCCGAAUCAUUCAAUAUUUGUAUGUAGUUGUAGUCAUAGAUGCUAGAAACCACUCCAAAGUAAAUAUUGAAACAGUAACUUUUUUCCCCACACAAAUACUAAUGGUUGAGUACUACUGAAAUGUUGAACAGUGGCCCAAUGGGUCAGAGUAGUUUUUAAAUUAACUUCUACAAGUUUACUCGUAUUCCUGAUAAUUGUUUAGUUCACACUGUCUUAUUUCUCAGUGCUUUCUACUUACCAGUAGGAACGUCCCUCNUUUUUUAUUUAUUCAUGUAUUUAUUAUCAGGUCUUUGGUCUAAAGCCAGUGCUAAAGCUAAAUGUACUUCCUGCACGUCAGUGAUUUUGAUUAUUGUAGCUUUGCUAAGUUAAAACUGGAUCUGAAAUUGGCAAAUAAAGGAUUUUAAGGAAAUAUAAUUUGCUUUGAACAGUUGAAUUUUACUUCACAAGAUCUGUAGAUCCCAGUGUAUUGUGGGUUUGAUGGCUUUCCUUUGGUAUUGCGAUAUUUUUGUAGGGAAAGCUCAUUUCUGUAAUGCACUUGACUAUACCAUUAAACAUGCCAGACAACGAAUGCUCUCAUCUGUACUUAAAAAUGUAAAUGAUUCCUAAUCUUCACCGAUCUGGCAACUUCCUUCGUUUUUUUUUAAAAAAUGUCUUGGCUGGUCAAGAUCUUUAAACCUUGGAGGGAGGAAAAACGGUGGAGAGUGAAGAGGUGAUUGUAAAUGGUUCGUCGUCGAGAGAUGUGCUAUUGGACGAUAAGAUGAAUCACCUCUGUCCUCUCCUCUUUCUUCUUUUCCCACUUCCUUCCUACCCUUUUCCUAAGUGGCUCAUCCAACUGAGAACUAAUCAACUCAUUGCAUGCGUAUUGCUGGGAAACGAAAGACACACUGUCACAAAUCAAGCCUCUUAAAUACAGUGCUGCCAGGCAGAUGUAUCUCCUCAUGUGGGUCAAAACUUGUUACUGACCAAAUAUUACGAUUGUGGACUGUUACCUACAAUGCCUUUGUAGCCAUUUUGCAAGUGUGUUGUGGUAUAUUUUUAACAUCACUCGACCUUCUUUCAUCCGGAAGAUAUGUGCUACAUCACUCAGUUCAAUAAAAACACAUAUUAUUGUAUCUACACAGUUUGUAGACUGCAAGUAUUUUCUAAAGAUUUCCGAAAAGAGUUACAUUUUAAAUGAAGUUUAGUACCCAUGUGGGUCUCCGUCUGUAUAGAUUAAACAUAAUGUAUCAGUCUCUGAAACGCCUUGUUGUUUGCAUGAUUGUUCCUAUAGUGGAAAACCUCUGCUUUGGUUGCACGUGUGUCUUUCCUACAACUUUAUGAUAUACAAGAUUUUUUACUUUUUCAGAAGGUGCUGUUAAUUUAUUUAUAUUGUAGAGCAGUGUUUAUUAUGAUGAUCUGUGGAACAAACAAUGACAUAAGUAACUCUCUGCAAAGUAGUGCUAAAUGGAUGUUCAUUUUUUUCAAAAAAAAACAAUUUUUACACUCUUUUUGCACUGCAUUGUAUAGAUUCUGCAAAAUGAAGUAGAGGCUAUUUCAGCAUAUUUAUGUUUUGAAUUCAGCACUUUUAUACAUCUGACUUUGGCUACUGUAGUGACCAAUACCUUUCAACUCUUUCAGUUGAAGGCUGCCUUCAGUGAUUAAUCAUGUUUGAGACUGAUCAUGCUGUUGAAGUGAAUGUCAUUCUUAAUUUCCAAUUGGGAAUUGGCCCACUACACACUAGUUUGAGCUAUGCAUGCUAAUAAAUUGUCCUAUUGGACAUCUGAAGCACUAACGUG